UCUUUCAAUCCACCCAAACCUUUUAUUAACAGCAUCAAUCUGGAAGUGCUGCAUAUUUCACUAAAUGGGACUGUCCAAUCAACUGUCCAAGUUAACAAUCCAGUUAUCACUUACAAUUGUUCCAGUAGAGCCGACGGUAAAGACGUUGACUUGCGGGCGACACCGUUUUCGUUCUCUGACACGUACAGUAGAUUCACAGCCUCAGCUUAUAACAACCUCGCGCUAAUAACCGAUGGAUUGACCAUUGUAACCGGUUGCCAGUCGAUUUGCAACGUUGAAUCUUUGAGCGAAACUGGUUUCUGUGGGAUCAACUGCUGCCAGAUCACAAUACCUCCUUCCCUUAAGUUCAUUAACGCCUCCCUAAGAAGCAUCGAUCCCAACAGCAAUCAAGACGAUUGCAAGCACGCAUUCAUGGUUGACUACCAAUGGUUUAGCGAUAAAGACAUCUUUAAUGUAAGGGAUAUGGAAUAUGUUCCUGCAGUGCUGGAUUGGGCUUUGAAUGGGACGUGCAAUAUGAGUGAAAGUUUCUGUGGCGUUAAUGCUCACUGCUUAUACGAUAAUGCCAGUAGUUCGAGGAGCGCCGAAUGCUUUUGUGAUAAAGGCUAUGAAGGGAACCCUUAUCUUCUUAGUGGAUGUCAAGAUAUUGAUGAGUGCAGCGAUCCUAAUCUCAAACGUUGUGAGGGAUUUUGCUUGAAUACUCCUGGGGACUACAAUUGUUCUUGCCCCGAUGGGUAUCUCUCUGUUGAUUUUGUUAAUGGUACUAAAAUACAAAAUAUAUGCUGGCCGGAAUGGUUCCGGCGUAACAACGGCAAUUCUCGGACCAAAGUGAUUAUUAUUGCAAGUACUUUCUCAAGUCUGGGAGCUUUACUUCUACUAAUUUGUAUGUGGUGGUUGUACCGAGAAGUCAAUAGAAGAAAGGAAGCAAAGCUCAAGGAAAAAUUCUUCAAACGAAAUGGUGGUUUGUUAUUACAGCAGCAGUUAUCAUCAGACCAGGGUAAUCUUGAGACAACCAAGUUAUUCACAUCGAAGGAGUUGGAGAAGGCAACAGACAAUUACAAUGCUAAUCGAAUCCUUGGCCAGGGAGGCCAAGGGACUGUUUACAAGGGGAUGUUAACAGAUGGGAGCAUCGUAGCGAUUAAAAAGUCAAAAGCAUUGAAUGAAGUCAACCUUGAGCCGUUUGUCAAUGAGGUGGUCAUUUUAUCCAAAAUAAACAAAAGAAAUAUUGUUAAGCUAUUUGGAUGUUGUUUGGAGACAGAAGUUCCUAUGCUGGUUUAUGAAUUCAUCCCUAAUGGAAACCUUUCCCAGUGUCUCCGUGACCAAAAUGAAGAAUUUCCUCUUACCUGGGAUUUGCGAUUACAGAUCGCUACAGAAAUUGCAGGAGCUCUAUAUUACCUUCACUCAUCAGCUUCCAUAGCCAUCUACCAUCGGGACAUCAAGUCCGCAAACAUACUCUUGGAUGAAAAAUUCAGAGCAAAAGUCUCCGAUUUUGGCAUUUCAAGGUCAAUUUCUGUUGAUAACACUCACUUGACCACGGCAGUGCAGGGUACCUUCGGCUACUUGGAUCCGGAGUACUUCCAGUCCAGCCAAUUCACAGAAAAGAGCGAUGUUUACAGCUUUGGGGUGGUACUUGUUGAGCUCCUUACUGGAAAAAAACCGAUUUUGUCAGGCAAGUCUAAUGAAGGGGGAAGCCUAAUAGCAUACUUCCUAUUGACAAUGAAGGAGAACCGGUUGUAUGAUAUUCUCGAUGCUCGAGUUGUGAAAGAGGGUGGAGAAAAAGAGAUUUUGGCAGUCGCUAAUAUUGCGAAAAGAUGCUUGUACUUGAAUGGAAGCAGCAGGCGGACAAUGAAAGAGGUGGUAAUGGAGUUGGAUGGGAUCAGAAUGUCAAAUGGGGCAACCGCCACUGUUAAACAAAGUUGUGGUAACGUAGAGUAUGCAACAGAGGAUGACCUUACUGGACCUCAGGAGGCUGUUUCUACUUCGACAGGUUCAUCUUAUCGCGCAAUGGAUAUUGAAUUACCUCUGUUACUUGACAAAUCCUCUGGCUCACUGUCAUUAAGUGUUGGUAAUCAUAAUAUCUGUUGUUUUUGAGGUGUCUUGUAUCAUACUCUACAAUCGAUGCUCCAACA